AGCAUACUGUCAUGGUUAUAGUGCGUCCGAUUGCGAGAAGACAGGUGCGCGCUCACGAUGUGGCUCAGCACCCACUUCCUGGGUGCAAAAAGUGUGUACGUAUGUGUACGAGCAGUCUACAAUAUAAUGCACAGGACGCCCUCAAAGCAGCGGCAUGUGGCGUAGAACUCUCUGUGCAGAGAAGAACGGCAGGUCUGUAUCAGAACCGUUGUGAACGCAGCAUGACCGGCAGUAUUGGAUCUGGAGCCCAACACACCGUGACAUCAGGCUUCUUCACCAGCCUCCACUGAGACAUGGUUUACACAGGCAAGCCGAGUCUUGGUUGCGAGGAAUGCAGAAGAGCGAAGAAAAAGUGUGACCAAGCACUCCCAUCAUGCGGGCGUUGCGUGAGACUUGACAAGAUUUGUGGAGGCUACCGCGAUCUCAAUGAGCUGAUGUUCCGGGAUCAGAGCUCGAGCGUUGCGCGACGAGCUAGUCAACAGAGCGAAGCUGGACCAUCUACGCGGCAUCCGAGUCCAAAAAAAGAGGCCACAGCUCGAGACUUCUUCUUCAACCACUUCGUGACCGCAACGCACCUUUCCUUCCUGGAGAAGAUGAGCCUUGACGAUCAUCUGUUGAAACCCAUCCUCGCAUGUGGAACCUUAGCUCUCGCAAACCGGAACAGCGAUCAACCGGCCAGGGAGAAAGCUCGACGGUAUUACAUCGAAGCAAUAACCACCAUUAAUGCGGCUCUGCGGCACGUGAGGCGAGUCAGAGAGGACGCUACCUUGGCGGCUGUCCUACUCCUCGGUAUCUUUGAAUGGCUCAACUGGGAACCAGGCGGAUCAUCCCAAGACUCCUGGAGGCAUCAUGUUCAAGGGUCGUCCCAGGUUCUGCAAAUGCGAGGCCGCAAUCAGUUGAGGAGUGCUCAGGGCAGAGCGAUGUUCCGGGAGGUGCGGUCUAGCAUUAUACACAACGCCUUAACAUCGGAGAUAGAGGUGCCGGAGUAUGUCAUUCAGUGGACGCAGAGUCUGGACGAUGAGCCAAUCGGCGCCACCAUAGAUUCACUGACAUUGCUUGCAUGCCGGAUGGCUUCCAUCAGGACUGCAUUCCGGACGGGUAGCGUGACCGAUGAAGAGCUCGCCGAACGCACUGCGGAGUUAGAGCAGGACCUCCUCAGCUGGUCUGAGGACACUCUAUCAGGUAAGCCGAAUCUCAGCGCACAAUCUCAGCAGCAGGUCACGACGUGGCCUCGUACGAUAGAUCCCACAGAGUACCAUAUUAACAGAUACAUCGCGCAGCCGGCUCGAUCUGUUCCUUCCAUAACAUCACCGACCUAGAUGCUCCGUCAGCAUGGAACGGCACUCGGCACGAGUACGGCAUACCGCAAGCUCACAGAUUCUGGAACACGUGGCGAAGUCUACGCAUCCUUUU